AUGAGUGAUCCCGACCGGCUCAAUCAAAUUCUACGAGACCAACCGUAUAUUGAAGGAUUCGCUCAACCGUCGUCGGUCGAUUUCUCAACGAGAGCAUCCCUAAAUCCAAAAGAUUUGAAAGGAAGAGAACAUUUGGACCGUUGGUUUCAUCAUUUAUCUUCUUUCGAAAUGACUGCGGAUACAGCUGUUCGCUCUACGGAGAAUUUGCCACAACAAAUUUUGGAUUUCCUCGGAAAAUCCAACGAAUUCAACUCUAUCCAACUUGCUCAACAAUGGGAUAUCGAUCAUCAAAAACUCAUUGGAGCAAUCAAAAGUUUGUUGGCUAAUGAAGGUGUUCUUGCCACGAAAGAUGUCACUGAGAAGCGUCUGGAAUUGACGAACGAAGGAGUUCAAUUCGCAAACGAAGGAUCUCCAGAAUUCCUCGUUUUCGAAUUCAUCGGAGCUGAUGGAGCUGCUCAGGCUGAUAUUCAGAAACAACCAUUCGGAAAGAUUGGAAUGGCGAAGGCUAUGCAGUUCAAAUGGGUUUCUGUUGAUAAAGGGCGUGUUGUUCGACAGACUUCUGAUGUCACCGAUACUACUAGAAAGCAGUUGGAGUCGCUGAGAAUUGGAGAAGAUGUUGAUGAGAAUGGAAAGAAGGAACUGAAGAAAAGGAAGCUCAUCAGUGAAGUGAAUAUCAAGGGAUUGUUGGUGACGAAAGGUGACUCUUUCACCACGAGUCUCGCUAAACAGGAAGCUGAUUUGACUCCUGAAAUGAUUGCUUCCGGUUCAUGGAAAGACAAACAAUUCAAAAAAUACAACUUUGAAUCGCUCGGAGUCGUUCCAUCAUCCGGACACCUCCAUCCACUGAUGAAGGUUAGAUCGGAAUUCCGACAAAUUUUCUUCUCGAUGGGAUUCUCUGAAAUGGCUACAAAUCGAUAUGUUGAGUCCUCUUUCUGGAACUUCGACGCUCUCUUCCAGCCACAACAACAUCCGGCAAGAGAUGCUCAUGACACUUUCUUCGUUUCGGACCCUGCUAUUAGCACAACCUUCCCUCAAGACUACCUCGAGCGUGUGAAAACUGUGCAUUCCAAGGGAGGAUACGGAUCGGCUGGAUACAAUUAUGACUGGAAAAUUGAGGAGGCGCAGAAGAAUGUUCUCAGAACGCACACCACUGCGGUAUCAGCACGGCAACUGUAUCAAUUGGCCCAAGAGGGAUUCCGACCAUCCAAGUUGUUCUCCAUUGAUCGAGUCUUCCGUAACGAGACCCUUGAUGCCACUCAUUUGGCCGAAUUCCACCAAGUCGAGGGAGUAAUUGCCGAGAAGAAUCUUAGUUUGGCUCAUCUUAUUGGAGUCUUCACCGAAUUCUUCAAGAAGUUGGGAAUCACCAACCUCCGCUUCAAGCCAACCUACAAUCCAUACACCGAGCCAAGUAUGGAGAUCUUCGCUUACCAUCAAGGACUUGCCAAAUGGGUUGAGAUUGGAAACUCUGGAAUGUUCCGCCCUGAAAUGCUUCUUCCGAUGGGUCUUCCAGCUGAUGUGAAUGUUGCUGGAUAUGGUUUAUCAUUGGAACGCCCUACAAUGAUCAAGUAUGGAAUCAACAAUAUUCGUGAUCUUUUUGGAAGCAAAAUCGAUCUGGAAGUGGUCUACAAUACUCCUAUUUGCCGACUUGAUAAAAUGACAACUAGAUUAGCACGUCUGUGGCAGCCAGGAAAUCCACAACGACGUGUGUUCCUUCCAGACUUCUGGUUGGCUGUCGUCGAGUCACCGGAUGUUGGAAGAAAUAAAUUACCGAGGAAUUGUGUCAAGUUUGAGGUAGACCCCCGAAUGUCUCGUCACGACAUUCGUGAAUAUCUUACAAAAAUCUAUGAUCUACCGGUACGUGACGUUCGAACAGAAGUACAAAUGGGUGAUAUCACAUGGAACUCGAAGCAUGAUCAUCAGUAUAAGAAGGCAAUGUGGAAAGACGACGACAAGAAGUUUGCCUACGUGUUCAUGUCAAAAGGAUUCACUUUUUCGUAUCCGAAGAUGUUCGAUUCGUUGGAGGAAGAUCUGGAAUUGAUUAAAGCGAAACAGCAGCAAGAGGAUCUGAAGGAUAAACUCAAUGAGGGAUAUGCAAACAGAAAUCGACGUGUCGGACGGUUCCUUGCAGUUUAA